ACAGAUAUGAUGAGUAUCCAGAUCUAAUAGUUGAGCCGGAUGGAAGACCACCGAAAGACGAUUUUAAUAUUAUUUCUGGCCGAUUUAUUGUGGACGGCAAACAUCUUGUGCAAGAAUUGAGAUCUUUGGACUACCAUAGAUACGAGUGUGAAAAAAGUGAUAAUGGUUAUAUGACACUGGUGUCUUCAACUUCAAAAUCAUUAGAAUGGACAAUGAAGUUCAAAUGCCCGCAUUGCCAGAAAUGUAAAGUGAUUACCAGUGAUCCAAGACCUGAAGUUGCGCCACAAGAAUGUCCAUCAUUGCAAAUGACACUAAUUGACGAAGCAGUUUGGGGGUUUGCAUCCAUUGGCUCAGGUCACAGAAAUAUGGAAGAGGUUCUUACUACAAUGAAUGUAUUACCGCCAAAUGAAAAGACUUUCAAAAAGACAGAGGAACGUUUGGGAAAGGUUUGGCAGGACGUUUUAUCCCAAUCCAUGAAGCAAGCUGGUAUGGAAGAAAAACAACUAGCCAUAGCAAAUGGAGAUGUGACCACUAACAACAUUCCUCACAUAACUGUUGUAGUGGACGGUGGUUGGUCUCAUCGCAGUCAUGGACACAGAUAUUCAGCUAACUCCGGAGUGGUAUGUGUGAUAGGCCUUCGGACUAAAAAGCUACUGCACAUAGAUGUGAGGAACAAGUAUUGUUCUAUGUGCAGUUACUUGGAAAGAAAAGGUGUUUCCAGUGUUCAGCACAAUAACUGCUACAAGAACUGGGAUGGGGCUAGUGCUUCAAUGGAGUCUGACAUGGUUGUUAGCGCAUUCAACUCCAGUGAGGAAAUUCAUGGCCUUCAGUAUAGAAAAUUUAUCGAUGAUGGAGACUCUAGCGUCCACCAGAAGGUAAUUGAGAUGGUGCCAUAUGGGCGGUAUGUUGAAAAAAUAGAGUGCAGCAAUCAUAUGAUUAAGAAUUACACUAAAAGACUGUACAAGAUAAGAGAGGAUGGGAUCGUUGAAAAGCGAGUCCUGAAUCAGUCAGUUAUAAAAAGACUGAAGGCUGCAGUGCGUGGAUCAGUAGCACAUUAUGCAUCUGAUAAAAACAUUGAAGACUUGAAAAGAGACUUGAGAAAUGGUCCAUUCCAUGUAUUGGGAUAUCAUGGAAACUGUAAGUCAUACUUCUGUAAAGACAUUGACACCGGGAGUAUGAUUGAAGGUCAAACACUUAAUGUGCUGAAAAAAGUAGAAAUUGCUUUGAAACCUCUACUUCUCAAAGCAUCUAUGCUAUGGCAUAACAAGACCAGCAACUUGGCCGAGAACUACAUGUCUCUUGUUGCUAAGUUCUGUGGAGGAAAACAAGUCAACAGAGGAAAGAGAGGAUCCCUCAACUACAGGUCAAAUGCUGCUGCACUCGAGUUUCAGUUUGGCCCAAUGUGGCACUAUCACACAAUGAAGGAGGUUUUGAAAAAGAGUCCAGCCCUUCUAGUCAAAAAAACUUGUUUGAGUCGUGUGAAAAAAAACUUAUCAUGUAGAAAGUCUUUAUUGAAAAGAUUUAGAGAUGGAAAGAAAUAUGAUAGGAGGGUGAAGCAAAGGAGUACAGGUUUGAAAGACUAUGGACCACUGUGCCAAAAAAUCGAUAUGGGGGUAGAAGAAAUGGAAGAAGAAAAGACAAACUUGUUGAAAUCUUUGGCACUUUCUCAAGAUGAAAAGAUCAAACUAGAGCUGGAAACACGUGGACAAAACGAGAACAACCGGUGGCUUCAAGAAAGAAAGUUACGUGUUACUGCAUCAAACUUCGGUUUGAUCAGUAAAAGAUUGCAUAGGUCAAAAUGGGCGCCAGUUGUCAAACAAUUAUUAUACAGCAAGGUCUCAAACGAUGCUACGUUGUAUGGACAGCUCCACGAACCAGCUGCCAUAAAUGCGUUUCAAGAAAUGGAAGAAAUUCAAGUUCAGCCUUGCGGUUUGUUUGUUGAAAAGAACAUGACUUCUUGGCGGCUUCACCUGACGGACUGGUCGGAGGUGAUAAUCUGAUUGAGGUGAAAUGUCCGAAGUCAGCUGAAAACCUCACUAUCAGCGAAGCCGUGAUCAAAGUGAAAUCAUUCUGCUUGGAAAAACUACGUUGUGGAAACGUCCGUCUCAAGAAAAACCACAAUUAUUAUUACCAGGUGCAAGGGCAACUACAUGUAGCUGAUAAAAAAAUCUGUUAUUUUGUAGUAUGGACAAAAAAGAUAUCCAUAUCGAAAAGAUCGAGAGGGAUGACAGGUUUUGGACCGAGAAGAUGGAGAAAAAAUUAAUUUAUUUUUACCAUCACGCCUUGUUGCCAGAGAUACUGGAUCCUCGAACGUGUCGAAGUAUGGCAAUCAGGGAGCCAUCAAUCCCAUUUUCUCAUUUUUAAAUGAAGUCUCAUUGAAAAUUAUCAAAUCUAUUGGUUUCUUGUUUGUCCUUCUUGGUUCCUAUAAAAUAAACAGCUGUAAUAACAUUAAAAAUUAAGAA